AUGGGGAAGAAGACGCAACUCCAGCACAACUUCCACCACCAGCUCCGAGUAGCCAUUAUAUCAAGAUGCAGUCAGGCAUAUCAGGUAGGAUGCUCGUUCUUGAUGAUUUAUGCGGCGCUAACACUCUUAAUAGUUUCUACGGAAGUUCAUGACGCCUUCGCGGGCUUCCUAUCUAACCCCUCGCUCUUCUGCCUGCCCAUCACAAUCACCGACGAGCAGCUUGUUCCCCUGCAACCCAUUUCUUUCUCGCAUGGAAGCAGCAGCGACGGUGAUGAUAACCGCCAGUUCUUUGCCUCGUUGCCGUCCCUCGCGGACCAUCUACAGCCCAAGACUCCUAUCUACCUCCUGCUCAGGCGGUCUCAGGAGCACGCGGAAACAGGCUUGAUAGCCCUCUCAUUCGUUCCCUCAAACAGUCCCGUACGCUCCAAGACACUUUUUGCAAGCACUCGAGCUGCACUUAUUCGCGAACUGGGAUCAGAGAAGUUUGCGGAAAAUAUAUUCGCUACAGACGUCGAAGAGGUGCUUGAUGAGGAGGAAUGGAAAGAGAGGGAACUGGACCUGAAUGCUAAGAGUGGUGCAGGUGGUGCGGGCGGUGAUGACAGACGAGAUGAACUCAUGGGAGAACAAGAAAGGGAACUGAACGCUGUUAAAAGAGGUGAGAAUGAUGCCAGAGACAUGUGGAAGCGCAGGAUGGAUAUCGGUAUUGGAGGAACUGUUAGUUCGGAUGGAAAUAAGGGUGGCCAGCUAUCCGGAGCUGGAGCUUCUGAGAGCAGCACCCUAUUUAAGACUGGAGAUGGCGCCGAAGAAGCGUUACAGAUCCUGGGCCAAGAUGGGGCCGCCGUCUUCUUGGCUAUUGAUGUGAAAACAGAGACGUUGAACCUAGUGGGAACAGAGUCUAGCGUUGCGCCAGAAUCUCUAUCAGGGCACAUCCCAGCCUCAGAACCACAGUACACCUUCUAUCGCCAUCCCGGCUCCUCCGAGUUGAUCUUCAUUUACACAUGUCCUUCCGGUUCCUCCAUCAAGCAGCGCAUGUUGCACGCUAGUAGCCGUGCAGGAUUGUUGGUGUGGGCAACGCGAAACGGCGUCUCUGUCAAUCAUAAGAUCGAGGCAUCCGGUGCAGAUGAAAUCACACCCGAUAGACUGCAGGAGGAGAUAAGCCCGCCUGUCCAAGAGGUCAAGAAAGCAUUCGCCAGACCAAAGAGACCGGGCGCAAUGCGGCUGCCUCCAAUCGUAUCAAACUAUCGCACCCCCACCACCGCCUGCCCCAGCACGAUGUUGUUUCCGUUGGAAGAACAAAUCGGUCCUCGAGCUGCCCAGGUUGAUAAUCUUCGGACACCCAUCCCUAUCCUUCUCCAGUCUGGUACAUUCGAAACAGUAGAACGCGUCACUGAUCCCUUCCCCGCCACAUACAAUGCAUUUGUUCUGGAAGUUGCCAAAGGAGCAUUCAUCGCACACGCGCACCAAAGUCCAGUUGUUUCUUUCUUUUCUCUUUUUUUUUAUUUCGAAGUUGUUGUUGAGAAGCUUCCCGCCGCUUUUUGA